AUGGGCAGGGCUUCAAGGGAUAAGAGGGAUAUCUACUACCGGAAAGCACAAGAAGAAGGUUGGCGUGCUCGAAGUGCCUUUAAACUUCUUCAAAUAGAUAAGGAAUGCAGCAUAUUUGAAGGAGUGAAACGGGUGGUAGAUUUGUGCGCUGCCCCUGGUAGGUGGGGUCAGGUUUUGAGUCGUAAACUCUAUCUCCCAGCAAAACUUGCACCUGAUAGCAGGGAUGAUGAUCUUCCUCUUAUAGUUGCUAUCGAUCCAGGGCCCGUGGCUCCACUUGAAGGUGUUAUUCAGGUGCGGGGUGAAUUAACUAAUGUCCGUACAGCUGAAGUGAUAAGAAAAUCUGAUGGUGGAAAUGCAGUAAAGAAACAGAAGAUAGUUAUCAGAUUGAAAGAAAGUCACUGCAAUCCUGUGCAAAAUGCAAUUAUGUACAUUGUUGUAGUUUCUUGGUCAUUAGACACUGUGUUUGAUUGUGCUCCUGAUGGUAAAGGGCGUUCAUGA